AUGACCAACGAAUCAUACAUCGACGCACUUGCCGGAGUGCAGAAAGGCUUGUUAGAUGGCGAGCUUACUUUGUCCCAGAUCGACGAAUUGGAGGACAGGACACGCCAGCUCCAGGAAUCUCUGCUGCGCGCGCGCAACAUACAAUCUCCUGCAAACAAGCUUCCAGCAGAAGUUCUUGCAAGCAUCUUCCACCUCGUUCAGGAACCUUACGACGACAGUGACUUCUUGCCGCAAUGGCCGGAUUGGACGUCGUUGGACUGGCUUGUGGUGACUCACCUUCACCUGGCCGUCGAGUCUGCUCAUGAUCUCUGCCUGGUUUGUCCCGACUUGCGUUCGCCCGCGCCGAAACUAGAGAGCCUCUCGAUUUGCAUCCGAUCGGGUGACCCCGAUAAUCACAGUAUGAUUCGGGUGCACGGUUUGCUGAAGGACAAUUUCAGUGCAGUACGCAGGCUGGUCGCUGUGGGCUGUCCAAUCUGGGAGUAUAUCACAUUCUCGCACCUUACCCACCUCGCCAUCUACCAAACAACCAAUCACAAACGUGGAAUCCAGGGUCUUCUGCAGAACUGUCCCGACCUCGAAGAGCUGGUACUCACCGACAUUUGGUUCUUCAGCAGACUAUCUGACGAAACAUAUCGCCUGCCUCGUCUACAGUAUCUCCAGCUCAUCACUCUGGGCCAGCACGAUGAUGGCGUGCGGACAUCGCCUCUUGUCGCCAGUCUCGAUAUUCCAGAGCGCUGUAGGUACCGGGUGGCCAAUCCGUCUAUGGCAGACGUUCUCGCCGUCCUGACCAUAUCGAACUCGCCCCUGUCGAAGCAGAGGAUACAUACGGCCAACAUCAUGUUUCAUGGUCACAGGCGCAUGACCAUACACUCGGGUACGGUCUCUUUGGGAUGCGCGCCGUCAGACAACGACAUCCCCCUUGUCGCUCGCGCGGUGGAUCCGGACACGAAGCUGACCCUCGUCCUUGGCGACUAUGCACCGAAGGAGGAACUCUGCGUGCAGCUUUUCUUGCAUAUGCGCCGCGUGCGGACACUGGUCAUCAUCGACGACCCCCCAGCAUCCGGCGUAAACAGCGCCAUAGCUGAGCCCUUGGUCAACGCUCUUGGCUCGCCUUCGAGUGCCGAAGACGCGGCCUCGGGCUCAGUCGUCCUACCAGCACUAGAAUCGCUCCACGUGCAUAAUCGUCAGACGGCUAUGUGGCCUUGCUUAUGGUCCGCUGUCUCGCGUCGCGCGCAAAGGGGUAAUGCGCAAGCAGAGGUUUGGGAGCCAGCCGAGAGGCCUGUAAAUGGCUUCAAAUGGGCGGGUUCGGGGAUACAGGAGGUGUCGGAGGAUGAGGAUGACCAUGACGACUCACAAUCAGACUGGGAUUCGGAUUAUUGA